GCGGUUUCAACUCCACGAAAAGCGCUUCGGGAAAACUGACAUUAUCAUGAAUUUUCGAAUGCGAUAUAACUGAACAGCGAUGUGCGGUGUAACGAACAUCAUGUAAUACAAAGUAUGUGCGCCAUAUGUGCGGCCUGUUUUUAAAUGGGACAAAGUGUGCGACGCUGGUCAAAAUGAAUAUAUUCUUCUGGGUAGUUUUUGUUUUUGGAUUUAGUAUUUUUGACGUACGUGCACUCACGAACAUGCAGAUACAAGUGCCGGAAGCAGUUAAAAGAGGAGAUUCGGUAACGCUAGUAUGCGACUACGACUUGGAAUCUGCCGCUUUGUAUAGCAUCAAAUGGUAUAGGGACGACGAGGAAUUUUACAGAUUUGUACCUAAGGAGUCACCGCCUUCCCAGGCAUUUUCCGUUUCCCAUGUUAAUGUUGACAUGGCUAAAUCAAAUUCAACAAGAGUUACUUUGGAAAAUGUUGAGAGGGAUACAGCAGGAAAAUUCAAGUGUGAAGUAUCUGCAGAUGCUCCCCUUUUCCAUACUGACAUAAUGACAGCUGAUUUGAUUGUCGCGGAUGUUCCAGAAGAUGGUCCUGUAUUACGAACAGAAGCUCAUAAAGUUGCUCCUGGUGAAAAGAUCAAAGCAAAUUGUUCAACACCUGGAUCAUACCCCACUAUGAACAUAACUUGGUUUGCUAAUACUUUGAAGAUGCAUCCAUCCAACGACGUCCAGAUCGACAACACAAUCAUCCACUUCGAUGCAUUACCAGGCUUGGAAACAAUUCUGUCAACGAUCUCCAUUAGAGUUACUCCCAAUCUCUUCAGGAACGGCAAACUUAAGCUGCGAUGUUUGGCAACAAUGUUUACUUUGUACACUUCAUCGAAAGAGGUCGAUAUACAGGAGGCAGCCCCACAACUCGCUCUUAUCAUGGUUCCGUCUACUUCGGCUAAUGGCAUUUCCGUUAGUCCUCAAAAGAUACUUGUUAUUCUACACACGUUCUUCAUCCUGUUACUUCUACGGCAUACACCAGAUUAGAAAAUACAUUUCUAUUCCUUCAGUUGGACUGGAGCCAAACAAUAUUAUUUAGAACUUUUGAAAGUUUCAUAAAAGGUAAUAGUGCAACUUUUAUUUUUGAAAACAUACAAUAGUGAAGUGAAUUAGUGUAAUAAAUGACUAUGACCUACAAGUAUUUGUCAAAUAUUUGUGAUAUAUGUGAGAAAAUUAAGUCCGAAUGUGCAAUAAAAUUGGAACAAUGGACUUAAAAA